ACUCAGUUUCAGCAGAAUUACAUGGUUAGGGUGCGGAACAUUGGUAAUUGUGAAGAUGUCGCGUUAUGACAGUGUGGAGUUUUGGAGAGCUCCAACCCGCCAUGCAGGGCUGCUGAGACGGAUGGUGCAGCUAGACCUACAACGUGCAGGGAAAUAGUUACCAGAAGUUAAUUAAUCAUUUCCUGGUCUUGUAACUGCUCCCGGUGUGACGUCCUGUUUCAACGCCCUGCCGUCUGUAGCAGUGUGUCCUCGGCGGUGUAACCGGAGCUGAGCUGCAGGGUGGUGUCUCAGCACAGUGUGCACACGGGCGCAGCAGCGGUGGAGGAGCUUGUGGAGGUGCUAAGACAUGGAAGCUGAGCUGGAGGAGGCUUGGGGGGGCGUGUGGAGUCUGCUGCCCUGGCUGGCCUCUGGCGUGAUGGUGGUGGGGGUCGCUGUGCCCUACAUCCCCCAGUACCAGGAGAUCCGGAGGACGGGCAACACGGAUGGCUUCUCCACCCGCGUCUGCUUGGUGCUGCUCGUUGCCAACAUACUGCGCGUCUUCUUCUGGAUAGGGAAACAGUUUGAGCUGGCCCUGCUCCUACAGAGUGUGGUGAUGAUUCUGACCAUGAUGGCCUUGCUUCACUUGUGCUGUACUGUCCAGAGCAGCAACCGGGUCAGCAUCAAACAGCACCGCAUCACAGAUCUGGACCUGUAUUAUUUUUGGAGCUGGAGUGCUUUUGAAGACUACGUGCUCUUCUGUUUUGGCUUCACUCUGAUGUGUGCCUUCAUCACCCUCCUCUUCCUCAACUGGGCGGUGUUCGUGGAGGUGCUCGGCUCUCUGGCGGUGAUGUUCGAGGCCAUGCUGGGCCUACCUCAGCUGCUGCAGAACUUUUCCAACUGCUCAACCCACGGCAUGAGUGUGAAGAUGGUGGUCUUGUGGACUGCUGGUGAUGUGUUCAAGACGUCCUACUUUGCUGUCAACGACAGCCCUGUCCAGUUCUGGGUCUGUGGGAUGGUCCAGAUUUUGACCGACAUCCUCAUUCUCCUUCAAGUUGGGUACUACAACUUUGGCUCAAGAUUCAAGCUUGGAUGACCCCUGCUGCAGUCACCUUUACGACGCUGACGCCGCCCACUCCAAAACUAGGGCUCUUUGCUGUGUGCAUGCACAUUUUAAUGAUCUUAUUGGCCAUUUAUUUAAAUGUUUGUGCCAUAUUUAAGGUGUUUGUAAUGUUGUGUGGGUGGCAGGCUUGUAGUGAUGGCGCUGAAGAGGUCUUGCAGACCUCGCGGACCAUCGUGCUCACACCUGCAGCUGCUGCGUGGGUCACCUCCUGGCACUGCUACUAAUGCUCCGUGUUCAGAGGGAGAGAUUUUCCCAACACCUGGACCAUAAACACUCCUUCUCAUUUAAUCACUGCAUCCGUUUAGUCUGAGCUAUGGUAAAUGACACGUCUUGGUUUUAUAGACAAUUCAGCCCAAGCUGAGCUGUGAGACUCAUCCGCGUUUGAGCGGAUUUGGAGAUACGCUCAGAGCCUGUGGUGACCAGUCCACCUCCUUCAGUGGUCUGACUUUAGUCCUUUACAUGUGAGGAUUUAACCCAAGAUUACUAACUGAUAAAGGCUUUUGACUUGUGUAGUUCCUAGCUAACCGAGCAGGUGGAGAGCAGGUUUGGAGAUCCCAGUUUGAGACGUUCAUUACAGUGUUGUUCAAAAGUUUUAUGUGAAACAGUGUUUGUAAGCUCAAUACAUCACAGGCUCACUUAACACUGCUAGCACCAGUGUGAGCACCACAUUCCCAUGGUGCAUUAUGCUUCACGUUAAGAUAUGAGUUUGAGUUAAAGUAUAUGAACUCCCUUAAUCAGACUCCUUCAGCAGAGUGUGUAGAACAGAGUUUACUGACGCUAAAAAUGCCACGACAGGAAAACGGGGCCAAUGUGUGUUGUGUUGGGAAACCCCGGCUGUCCUGCCUGGGGGCUGUGGCCAGAACCAGGGGGAGGAGCCUCCUUAAACCCCGCCCUUCCUCACAGUCUCCAUUCUCAGUGCACACGAGCAUGUCGGAGCUCAGGGUGAGCAAACUAUCUUCAGCAGGUCAUUCGUCAGUGCCGUCACAGUUUAGCUGUUACGGAGAAAGUGAAUGUGUGUUGGUUGCUACUAUUAACGUUAUACACCAUCUCAGGUUUUUGGCUUUAAUUUCUAUUGCUGUGGGAUGUGUGGGGAGUAAUGUGAUGUCUGUUAAUGUGAUCUUCUGUGUAAGUAAAUGUAGAUACAACAGC